AUGUUCAGGAAUCAGUACGAUCAUGACGUAUCAGUUUGGAGUCCUCAGGGGCGUAUUCAUCAAAUUGAGUACGCUAUGGAAGCUGUGAAACAGGGUUCUGCUGCGGUUGCUUUGAAAAAUAGGGACUGCUGCGUCAUUGUCGCACUUAAAAGAGCUCCCUCUGAACUGUCAUCCUAUCAAGAAAAGUUGAUUCCCAUUGAUUCUCACAUUGGAAUGGCUAUAACUGGCCUCACUGCCGACGGCUUUCUUCUUGCCAGGUACAUGCGUCGUGAAUGUGCGGACAAUCGGUGGGCUUAUAACGAGCCUUUGCCCGUUUCUCGUUUGCUGAGUAAGAUAUCCCUGAAAAUGCAAGUUCCCACUCAGCAGUAUGGUCGGAGGCCUUUUGGUGUUGGCAUGCUUAUCACUGGUUUUGACGAGAAGGGUCCGCAUGUUUAUUACCUGUGUCCAUCCUCGAACGCUUACGAUUGUAAGGCCUUUGCUGUUGGUUCACGUUCACAGUCGGCUAGAACCUAUUUAGAACGUCAUCUUGAUAAGUUUCCAGAUAGCACCCUUGAAGAACUCAUUGUUCACGGUCUAAAAGCUCUCAAAGGGUGUCUUCCUGCUGAGACAGAACUUAACGGAAAGGCUUACGUGACGAGCACGCAGUUGUACAAUUGGCGGUUCACACCGGAUGAGUUGGCUAACCAGCGCCAGGAGUGCAAUGCAGCCGUGAGGAGACGUCUCUCAGCGCAGUAUCGGGCGAAAGUGGAGGUCAAGGGCGGUGACGUCCCAGCAGAACCGACUUUCCUCACUGCCGAGGAGGAAUUCAUCAUCGUGAAACGCUACAUCUUCGCUAUGAAGGAACUCUUUCAUCAAUUUUCAGAUUCUGGACUGCCUGUUGAUGUCUUCGGAUUUGCGGCGACCUACCUGAAGCGAUUCUACCUCAAUAACUCUGUGAUGGAUUACUUUCCGCGUGAGAUGAUGCUUACCGCGCUCUACCUCGCUUGUAAAGCGGCCGACUAUCCUCUCGGUCUGCAGACCUUUGCCGCCCACAUUCCGCGCAACCGCGAGCACUAUAGCGAAAUCGUUGUCCACUCAGAGCUCUUUCUCAUGGAGAAGCUACAGUACGAUAUUUGGAUCCACACACCGUAUCGUCCACUAAGCGGCCUACUGGUGGACCUCCUCGCCUAUCGUAAGACUCAGCUAGGCGAACCGAUGAAGAUAGAAGCGGGGGAGGUGGCGACUGCCGAUAUGAUGACCAGCUUGAAGAAGGAAGGCUACGAGAUUAUUCACAAGUGGUUCCAGACAGAUCUAUGUCUCACUCACUCACCCAGUCAGUUUGCGCUUGCGGUGCUUCUGGAAUUGGGUCAAAAACAUCCGGAUUUGGGGGUGGAGGAAUUCGUGAAGAACUCUGUGUGUGAGUACGAUUCCUCUGACGAGUCGAUGGAGCAGAAAUGGACGGCAUUGAAUGAGAAGAUGGAGCAGAUUCAAGCAAUGAUUGGGGAGUUUGAGUUCCUUUCGGAUCUCACCUAUGGCAGUGCUUUGGAAGCAGUGUUGAUGCAGUGCCGGAAUCCCCUCUAUGAUCCUCUCUCAGAGGAGUAUGCGGCCGCCAAGGAACAGGCGGAGAAGCUUAUGUCUUUUUUGGAUUAA